UUCCAUCUCUUCCCCCGAGAGUUCCCCCCCCCCCCCCCCUCCCCGUCUCCCCUGUCACUCUUUAGCCCUGGCUCUAAGUUAAAAGAGACCUCAGACACCAUCUAAGUCUCAUUCUUGAGAGCCAGAACAGACCUGAGAGACCGACUUAAAGUCCCUCUCCUUUCUUUCUCACUUUCUCUCGUCUCAGUUUUUUUCUCUCUCCCUCUCCUCUUUCCACCGUCUCUCCUUCCCUGCAUAUCUCUCCCCUUUUCUUUUAUCUGUCUCCCUUUACUCCUCUCCCACGCUUCUUAGAUCUCCCCAGUCUUAUUGUCCCGUCUCUCUCCUUUCUGUAUCAUAGAACUUGAGAACUGAAAGGGUCCUCGGAGAUCCUCUAAGUCUCUCUCUCUCUGUGUCUCUCUCUCUGUGUCUCUCUCUCUGUCUCUCUGUCUCUCUCUCCUCACCUCCUCGUUUUCCUGGCCAGCUCUUGCUCUUUCCUCCUUUUUCAGCUCUGCCUAGGGUCUGGAGGUGGAAGAAUGGUUCCUGAAGUCAGAGUCCUCUCUUCCUUGCUGGGAUUUGUCCUUCUCUGGUUCCCCUCGGACACUCAUCCCCGGACCCGUGCUGACAUGUUCUGCCUUUUCCACGGGAAGCGAUAUGCCCUGGGGGAGAGCUGGCAUCCCUACUUGGAGCCACAGGGGCUGAUGUACUGUCUGCGCUGCACCUGUUCUGAGAGUGCCCACGUGAGCUGUUAUCGCCUCCACUGUCCCCCGGUGCACUGUCCUCAGCCCGUGACGGAGCCUCAGCAAUGCUGCCCCCGGUGUGUUGAACCUCACACACCAUCAGGGCUCCGGGCCCCCCUGAAGUCAUGCCAAUACAAUGGGACCACCUACCAGCAAGGGGAUACAUUCACCACCCAAGAGCUCUUUCCCUCCCGUCAGACCAACCAGUGUGUCUUUUGCAGCUGCUCAGAAGGCCAAAUCUACUGUGGCCUCAUGACUUGUCCUGAAACCAGCUGUCCCACACCUGUCCCAGUGCCUGACUCCUGCUGUCACACCUGCAAAGAUGGGUCAUAUGAGAAAUCAGCUGAAGAAGAGACCCUGCAGUUAUACCGAGGAGUGAGGCACUCCCAGGACCCAUGUGUUAACCAGAGUGGGAGCAGGCGGGCACCAGGAACCACAGCACCCACAGGCCUCAGCUCCUCCCUGGGCUUCAUCCCCAGACACUUUGGACAGAAGGGGAGCGGCAGCACCACUGUCAAGAUAGUCCUCAAAGAGAAACAUAAGAAAGCCUGCACGUACAAUGGGAAGACGUAUUCCCAUGGGGAGGUGUGGCACCCAGCCUUCCGUUCCUUUGGGCCCCUGCCCUGCAUCCUUUGCACCUGUCAAGAUGGCCGUCAGGACUGCCAGCGGGUGACCUGCCCCAGGGACUAUGGCUGCCUCUACCCAGAGAAGGUAGAAGGGAAAUGCUGUAAGAUCUGCCCAGAGGACAGGACCAACCCCAGUGAUGAGGUCAGUACCACCAGAUGCCCAGCAGGGCCCAGUCAGGUACUUGUCCAUACUCUUGUCUCUCCAAGUCCUGAAAGCCUGCGUAGAAUUGCCCUGGAACAGGAAGCCUCUGACUACGUGGAGAUUUACAUAUGGAAGCUGGUAAAAGGAAUUUUUCAUCUGAUUCAGAUCAAGAAAGUUCGGAAGCAAGAAUUCAAAGAAGAGGCACAAAACUUCCGGCUCAUCACUCGGACAAACGAAGGUCAUUGGAAUGUCUUCCGAGCCCAGGCCGCAGAGCUGAAGGUGACAGCCAGCCCAGAAAAAGAGACCAAGACCUUAUAAUAGAGCCUUAGAUAUUUGCAUAUAUGAAAUCUAU